GAGAAGGACAAAAUAGGAAAGCAGGAAACCAGGAACACGAAGGAAAGAAACGAGGAAAAGUACAGAAGAAACAAGGAAUGAAAGAAAGAAAAAGCAGAAGCAAAAGGAAAAAAAAGCCCGAAAACAGCAAAGGAAACGAGAAAAAUAGAGAGAAAGCAAUGAAGAGCAGAAGAGAAAAAGAAGCCAGAAUAAUAAUAAAGCGAAGAACAAAUAACGAAAGAAGAAAUGAAAAGAGAAAACAAGAAGAAAUGGGAAAUCAAGGCUAA